UUUUUAAUAUCUAUAUGAUAUAUAAAAGACUAUUACAAAAUCUUAUUUCUAAGUAUAAUAACAUAUCUAAUGAGACCAAGUAAAAUUGUUUCAAAAUUAAGGUUACAUGAAUACUCUUAGUCAUUCCUAUACAUAAAAAAUUAACAGACUUUAAACUCAACAAUGUAUAAUGAACUUCCUAUAUUACGUAUAUUACUAAGUCACGUUUAAAUCACGUUUCUCUCGACUAUUUUUUAAUAUUUUUAUAUGACAGUAUUCUGAUAUGCAGGGUCAUUCAAUUGACCUGGAGAGCGAAGAAACUGAGAUAAGCAAGGAACUUCCAAUCAAUUACAAAAUAUAAAAAUGGAGGCUAUAGGAGCCUAUCCCAUAUUAAAAUCUUUUCUUGCUGGCUCAUUUUCUGGUACUUUUUCGACAAUUCUAUUUCAACCAUUGGAUUUAAUUAAAACUAGAUUACAAAGCAGAGUUACUACUCAUGUUGAACCAACAAGAAAUGGGAUGCUAACAACAAUUGUACAUAUAAUAAAAAAAGAAAAUGUAUUUGGAUUAUGGCGGGGUAUGACACCAUCUAUAACAAGGGUCAUCCCUGGUGUUGGACUCUACUUUUCUUCUUUGGAUUGGUUAAAACAUACAUUACAGCUAGAAGAACCAUUGACACCUCUACAAGCUAUAUCGUUAGGUAUUACAGCUCGAUCUAUGUCUGGUGGUUUAUUAAUUCCAAUUACCGUUGUUAAAACACGAUUUGAGAGCGGCGUUUACAAAUACAAUAGCGUUGCAGAAGCUUUGAGGCUCAUAUAUAGGCAAGAAGGUAUUAAAGGUCUGUCAAGUGGCCUAGUACCAACAUUACUUCGCGAUGCACCAUACAGUGGUCUUUAUCUGUUAUUUUAUACACAAUUAAAACAAAUAGCUGCUCAUACAGAGCUCAUUCAUCAAAAUACCUCUGUACCAGUACACUUCAGCUGUGGGGUUUUAGCAGGAAUUUUUGCUGCUAUUGUAACGCAUCCACCAGAUGUUAUUAAAACGAAGAUGCAACUUUAUCCAAAUGAAUUUAAAACUAUUUACAGUGCCACUUAUAUUGUAUAUAAAAAGUAUGGAAUUUUAGGAUAUUUUAAAGGAAUUAUUCCUAGAAUGUUAAGAAGAACACUAAUGACUACUAUGGCUUGGACUGUUUAUGAACAGAUUACACGAAGCAUUGGGUUAAAAUAAAAUUUAAUAAAUUAUGCUGAUUGGUAUAAAUAGAAAAUUUUAACCACAUAACAACAAUUAUUUAUAUACAGUAUUAGAAUGAAGCAACGUAUUGCUCAUUGUAUUACCAAUAUAUGUAUUUAUUUAAUAAAUUAUAUAUUUUUAUAGAUUA